UCGCGUCAAUGCGGCAGCCAGUGUUUGUAAUUUAGGAAUACUUAGAGAGCGCGAGAGAGAUAGAGAGAGAGAGCGCGAGGGAGAGGUCCAAAAACCCUAACACAGCUCAGUCUCUGUACUCUCUCACUCCAAAACCCUUUCGCUUCUCUCGAAAUCCCUAGACUUUCUUUUACUCUUUCUAUUUUCUCUCAAUUACUUCUCUAUUCGUACCGAUCUUCCACUGUGGUGUCUUAUAUCUCUGUCUCGCGUAUGCUUUUAAUCGACCGGUCCAUUGUUUCUACUGUCUAAUUGUGUGUGUUACUUAUUUGCCGCAAAUAUGUGACAGGGUUAUCUUUUCAUUUUGUUGAUGCUCAAGCAUGUUGAUUUUGUUUUCAUAGGGCACUGCUUCAGUGUCGUUGCCUUUAAGGAGGUCAAUUUUAAUUGUAUCUGAAGAACUCGGGGAUCUAGCUGGUGCUCCUUUUUGUGCUCUUGUAGACAUUCAGAAUGAUUUCUACCGAGCCUGUAGUAGCAAAGAAGUUGAAGAUUAAGUUCUCUUCCCAUAAGAUAGACACCAUUUCUGUGAAAAAUGCAUGUGACAUGGCGCGCAAUGUGGAGAAGAAUUAUCAUUCUCAGGUUUGUGACAUAGAGAAUAUGAAGCAGAAACUUACAGAGUGCAGUGCUAUUAAGCGUGGCCCAUCAGAUAUGGUGGAGGGUCAACAACAGAAGAAGCGGAAAAUGGAUCGUGGUGUGAUACAUCAGUGUACUUCCCUUGUGAAAUCACUUAUGAAUCAUCCAUGUGGUUGGGUUUUCAAGGAACCGGUAGAUCCAGAGAAACUUGAGAUUCCUGAUUAUUUUUCUGUUAUAACAAAUCCCAUGGAUCUAGGGACAGUAAAAUCGAAAUUGGAGAACAAUCAGUAUUUUGGAGCUGAAGAGUUUGCUGCUGAUGUCAGAUUGACAUUCUCAAAUGCCUUGUUAUAUAAUCCCCCGUUAAAUUAUGUUCAUAAAAUGGCAGAGAAACUGAAGAAGAUUUUUGAGACAAGGUGGAAAGCCCUAGAGGAAAAAUGGAAUUAUCAAAUAGCAAAAGAUGGUGAUGGAAAGCCAUUUAAUGCAAGGCCCAAGGAAGUUGGUGACACAAGACAAAAGUGUCCUCAAACACCUCCUUUGCACAAGGGUGAGUUGCCCAAGAGGUCGAAGCCAUCUGAAGUUAAGCUGCUAAGGGGUUCUUCAAAUGUAAGGGCUGCAGAAGUUAAGCUUUCUAAACCAGCAGAAAACUGCAAUAGCGAGGAGUUACGCCAAAAUUCUUACAAAGGCACAGAUAAUGGUGGUAGAAAUGCUUGUGGAUCUGUUAAUGUCAAACCGUCUUCAGUUUCUGUUGUUAGUAAGUGCGGUACAUGUGGGAGAAGUGCCUGUCAGUGCAUACUUCCUAGCGAUUCAGCCCAAGCUUCUUCAGAUAUUUCUUCUGAGAAGUCAUGGGGUAGAGAUCAUCAUGCAUGCAGCACUGAUACUUCAAAAAUGGAUGUUCAGGGAAAAUGUAUGUCAAUGCUGCAGAUGAGCAAGUCGGAUCCUGAUUCUGACGGAGCUGUAAGUGCUUUGGAUGAGGAAAAUAUAUGUCCCAGUUCUCAGCUUAUGACUCCUGCAACAGAUGCAAAUUCUGUAGAAGGAUGGAGACCUCCUAUUUUUGAUGUGCAACUGUCUCCUACAAAAGCUCUCCGUGCUGCUAUGCUAAAGCGCCGCUUUGCAGACACUAUAUUAAAAGCACAGCAUAAGACACUCCUAGAUCAUGGUGACAAGGCUGAUCCAGUGAAACUGCAAGAGGAGAAGGAAAGAUUGGAAAAGAGGCAGCUUGAAGAAAAGGCUCGGAUUGAAGCCCAAAUCAGAGCUGCCGAAGCUGCCUCACGAAAGAGGGAAGAAAUUGAAUUGAGAAAACAAAGGGAGAAAGAAAGAGAAGCUGCUAGAGUUGCCUUGCAGAAAAUGGAAAAAACUGCUGAGAUCGAGCAGAACCUAGAGAUUGUUAAAGAACUUGAGAAGCUUAGUGGCUGUUCCCUGUCCUACAGUUACAGUUUUGGCCGGAGAGGACCAGAAAUUGCGGAGGGAGAUGUUGGAGGAGCUCAUUCCUGUAGCUUACUGGAGCGAUUGGGUCUGAUCAUGAAGGAUGAUACUGUGGACGACGAUGAGAUAUUAAUUGGGGAUGAAGAGGAAGGAGAAAUAUUUCCUUGAAUCAACUCAAGAUAUAGUUAAAAGAAAGAAAAAUCGUAUCUUUGUUUUCCUUUUAUCUGUCUGGUAAAUGUUCUUUGCAUUGGGCAGUGAGGCAAAGAAAAUAUUGCUUGUAAAUGCAUAUAAUUUUGUAGGUUGACAAUGUAAUUAUUUAUAGGACAAUAUGAAUUAGUUGAAUUAUUCUCCUUCUGUAGCAAAUGGUACAUAUAUUGUAUAUGCCAGAGAUCACUUUUUUUAAA